AUGAAAAGUUUUGAUGAUUUUAACACUAGUACUAGUGGAGCAAAAACUUCAAACAUUUCAACCACAAUUAAGUGGUCUGCUCCUCCUGGUUCUUUUGUUAAAAUCAAUUUUGAUGGUUCAAUCAGUAGAGAUUUAGCUGCUAGUGGUUUCAUUAUUAGAGACCAUGAUGGAAGCCCAGUUAUUGCUGCCACCAAGUAUGUUGGCAACUCUACUACCCCUGUUGCAGAAGCUACUACACUUAGGGAUAGCCUGAUUGCGGCCAAAGACAAGGGUUUUACAAGACUUGAAGUUGAAGGAGACUCGAAGCUGGUUAUUGAUGCAGUUAAUGGAAUAGUAACCCUACCUUGGAGGCUGCUCAAAUUGAUUGAAGACAUUAGAACUAUUGCAACUUCCUUUUCUCAAAUUUCCUUUAAGCAUAUAUAUAGGGAAGUAAAUUUUGUAGCUGACGCUAUUGCAGAUUUAGGACAUGAAGCUAUGUCUCCUAUGUUCUGGAGUGAUAAGGUUCCUAGGGAGGCUUCUAGAGCCGUAUUGUUUGAUGUUGUAAACAUUGAUUGCCCAAGAGGCUUCUUUCUUUAA